GUAUGGAGGCAGAGCCCUCCCAACCUCCCAACGGCAGCUGGCCCCCGAGUCAGAACUGGAGUGAUGCCGAGACCAGCCCGGCUGCCAGCCUCACCUUCUCCUCCUACUACCAGCACUCCUCUCCAGUGGCGGCCAUGUUCAUCGCGGCCUACGCGCUCAUCUUUCUCCUCUGCAUGGUGGGCAACACCCUGGUCUGCUUCAUUGUGCUCAAGAACCGGCACAUGCGCACUGUCACCAACAUGUUCAUCCUCAACCUGGCCGUCAGCGACCUGCUCGUGGGCAUCUUCUGCAUGCCCACAACCCUUGUGGACAACCUGAUCACUGGUUGGCCUUUUGACAAUGCCACAUGCAAGAUGAGCGGCUUGGUGCAGGGCAUGUCCGUGUCUGCAUCGGUUUUCACGCUGGUAGCCAUUGCUGUGGAGAGGUUCCGCUGCAUCGUGCACCCUUUCCGCGAGAAGCUGACCCUCCGGAAGGCGCUGCUCACCAUCGCGGUGAUCUGGGCUCUGGCGUUGCUCAUCAUGUGUCCCUCGGCGGUCACUCUGACCGUCACGCGAGAGGAGCAUCACUUCAUGCUGGACGCUCGCAACCGCUCCUACCCGCUCUACUCGUGCUGGGAGGCCUGGCCGGAGAAGGGCAUGCGCAAGGUCUACACCGCCGUGCUCUUCGCGCACAUCUACCUGGCGCCGCUGGCGCUCAUCGUGGUGAUGUACGCGCGCAUCGCGCGCAAGCUGUGCCAGGCCCCCGGUCCAGCGCGCGACGCGGAGGAAGCGGUGGCCGAGGGUGGCCGCGCGUCGCGCCGCAGGGCCCGCGUGGUGCACAUGCUGGUCAUGGUGGCGCUCUUCUUCACUUUGUCCUGGCUGCCACUCUGGGUGCUGCUGCUGCUCAUCGACUACGGAGAGCUGAGCGAGCUUCAGCUGCACCUGCUGUCCGUCUACGCCUUCCCCUUGGCACACUGGCUGGCUUUCUUCCACAGCAGCGCCAACCCCAUCAUCUACGGCUACUUCAACGAGAACUUCCGCCGCGGCUUCCAGGCUGCCUUCCGGGCUCAGCUCUGCUGGCCUCCAUGGGCCGCCCACAAGCAAGCCUACUCCGAGCGGCCCGGCCGCUUCCUGCGCAGGCGGAUGGUGGUGGACGUUCAACCCAGCGACUCGGGCCUGCCAUCAGAGUCUGGCCCCAGCAGCGGGGUCCCAGGGCCUGGCCGGCUGCCACUGCGCAAUGGGCGUGUGGCCCACCAGGAUGGUCCGGGGGAAGGGCCUGGCUGCAACCACAUGCCCCUCACCAUCCCAGCCUGGAACAUUUGA